AUGCAAAACCAGAGCACUGAAACUGAGUUUGUUCUCCUGGGCCUUUCUAAUAAUCCAAGAAUUCAGAAAAUAGUAUUUAUUGUGUUUUUGUUGGUCUACAUUGCAACUGUUGGAGGCAACAUGCUGAUUGUAGUGACCAUCCUCUGUAGCCCUGCACUGCUGAGCUCCCCCAUGUACUUUUUCUUGGCAUUCCUGUCCUUCCUGGAUGCCUGCUUCUCCUCUGUCAUCACACCAAAGAUGGUUGUGGACUCUCUUUAUGAGAGAAAAACCAUCUCCUAUAAAGGAUGCAUGAUUCAACUUUUUGCUGAGCACUUCCUUGCUGGAGCAGAGGUAAUUGUCCUCACAGCCAUGGCCUACGACCGCUAUGUGGCCAUUUGCAAGCCCUUGCACUACUCUUCCAUCAUGAACUGGAGGCUCUGUGGCAUUCUUGUGGGUGUGUCCUGGACAGGGGGCUUCUUGCAUUCCAUCAUACAGAUUCUCUUUACUUUCCAGCUGCCCUUCUGUGGACCUAAUGUCAUUGAUCAUUUCAUGUGUGACCUAUACCCAUUACUGGAGCUGGCCUGCACUGACACUCAUGUCCUAGGCCUUCUGGUGAUCGCCAACAGUGGAUUAAUCUGCAUCAUCAACUUCUCCUUGUUGCUGGUCUCCUAUGGUGUCAUCUUGUUCUCCCUGAGAAAUCACAGUGCUGAGGAGCGGAGGAAAGCUCUGUCCACCUGUGGAUCUCACAUUACUGUUGUGGUUUUGUUUUUUGUACCAUGCAUAUUUGUAUAUGCAAGACCUCCUUCUGCCUUCCCCUAUGACAAAAUGGUGGCCAUAUUUUACACCAUCCUAACUCCCUUCCUUAAUCCUUUGAUUUAUACUUUCAGGAAUAAGGAAGUAAAAAAUUCCAUGAGGAAAGUGUGGAAGAGGCUGGUAGUAGUUUCUGAUGAAGGUAGACAUUAAACAUUUUAAAAAAUAAAUUUAUGACCUAAUAAGUAAAUUUUUUUCUGAUUAAAAAACUUUAUAGGAUUUCCUUUGUAUAGAAAUAUGGUAAUAUACAAUUAUAGAAAACCUUCAUGUAGGGGUCAGAAAAUGAUCUUUACUUUCACAUCAGGUAUCAGAUAAUGUUAAGGUGUGUAAACAAGUCAGGAUGGCGCCUGGCAUUUUGCCAGAGGGAGUGGUUUGUGAAGUAACGCCAGCGAGCCAUUAAGUGUGGAGAUUUCUUAUUGGUUGACUGCUGUAUCUAGUUUAUGUUAAUUAGAUAAGCUGUGUGGAAUGUAUAAAUACCGCUCCUGUCCUACAAUAAACGGCUCCUACUCCUGCUGUAUCAAUCUACACAAGUUGUUCGUCACCCCCCGGUUAUUUUGCUGCAGCCGGACUGCGGCAUUUACUUUCACAUCAGGUAUCAGAGCUGAGCUGGAAACUUGAUAUUUCGUAUGUAAGUUAAAAAUAAUUGAAUUGUAUGCUU